GUAACCUGAGCGGCGUCUGCAGGUUAUCAAUCAAUACUGAUGCUCGAGUUUGCGCUUCACUCAAGCUCAAUAACUUUAAUAUCAGGUUUACAGAUAGACGCCUGUGCGCGCGGCAACACGAUGGCCGAAGAUGCCUUGUUUGUCAGUGAUUACGAUGGUUCUUGUUUUCUGUGUGAAGAGGAUGAGCAGAGAGGGUAUUGUAGAUACAGAAAUGCAGAGAAAGAGAAUGAGAGAGAAAUAAACAGUGAUGCAGAAGAAGUGGAAGACAAGGAGUCAAGCGAGUUCAAGAGUGACUCUGAGCUGAAACUAGAGGAAAUAACUGAGGAGAACCAGACAGCAGAACCUGAAGAAAGGAAAACAGAGACGGAAGAGGAAGAAAAAACUGAAGACAACAAGCAGAAAAAUGAGAAAAGCACAGAAGAAGAAGAGCAAAACAAGAAAGUAGAUAUCGUUGAGUCGGAUGAAGAAGAUAAGCAGGAAAGUAUGUUAGGUUUAAACAAAGAUGAUGAAACAAAGACAGAUGGUGGUGAUGAUGAUGAUGACGAAGAGGCAAGCAACUUGCUGGUGCCUCCUCUAGAGGACGACUGUAUUUUGCAGAUGGGCCCAGAUUGCACCAUAGACCUGGUGAUGGUGUGUGAUCAGUCGGUAGCGAGGUGUAUGAAUGAAGACCUUUUGUUAUGCCCCCCCAAGUCUUCAGAUUUCUCCCAGCAGCCCUCUAUAAAAUCCCCACCAAGACCAUUAUCUAUCACGUUACCGCCUCAAAAUCCCACAGCGUUCCCCUUUCAGCCCCAGCCGCUUCUUCAACCUCAGAUCCCACCGCAGGUCCAGUUGGAGGCCUCGUGCUUGGGCAAACGGCCCUAUGGAAGCAGCCCUGCUGUUGAUCCCCAGGCCAUGAGGCCGCUGGAGGUGACGCUGCGGCAGGUGUACACCACUCGCCGAUACACCCGAUUCGCCAGCAGAGCGGCCCUUAUGCCUCUGGCCUCCGUCGGAGGAGAAACCUGCACUCAGGUUUUACCUUCCAUCAGCGCUGACGUGCCUCUAAUGCCUCCGAAGAAGAAAACACGCACCUUCUACAGCACUGAUCAGUUGGAGGAGCUGGAACGUGUAUUUCAGGAUGAUCACUACCCUGAUGGAGACAAGAGAAAGGAGAUCGCGGCCUCCAUCGGUGUUACGCCCCAGAGAAUCAUGGUGUGGUUUCAGAACCGUCGAGCCAAAUGGAGAAAAACAGCGAAAACCACAACAAAAAAGCCUCCUGCCAGUCGGGGUCAACCUUGUGUCCAGGUCAACAGGCCACCAGUUUUCACAGCUCCUGCUGUUGCAUCUCAACAUCCCAAGCCUGGGAACACACUCCCCCCCUACAGUACCAUCCGGACCAGCCGCACCAGUCCACAAGGUCCAGCUUGUGUUGAUGUGGCACCUUGUGUGUCUCAAGGAGGUUUUUUGGAGUACAUGCCCCCUCCCAUGCACAGUCCUCCUCCGAUACGACGAGCCUCCUUGCCUCUCAUCACGGCAUACAACCCCUCGACUCACACCGUGUCCCUGCUGCUCGACACACCUGAGCACAGUGAGCCCAGCUCCGCAGACACAACACCGCUGAGUUUGCAGACUGACACAGGGAUUGACUAUGACAGCCUGGGCAACUCUGUAAAGAUGGACUUCAUGACUUCUGCUCCACAGAACAGCACUUUAAAUUACCAGCUCAACACAUUUCCUCAACAGUCUAACACCUUAUUAGCUCAACAGACUAAUAGUCUCCUACCUCAGCAAACAAACACUCUGUUACCCCAACAAACUAGCUGUCUUAUGCCCCAGCAGUCCAGCACACUAAUGCCCCAGUACUCUCACCUGUCGUACCUCACGCCCUCUCCUUACCUCACGCCCAACCCUACCGAGAGCAGCAGCGCUCCAUAUCUGCCCCUCAACAACACUCUUCCCGCCUACACCAGCAGUGGACACGCGUAUCUCCAGCCUCAAACCGGCAACCAGAUGCUGCUCCAGUCAGGAGUUCAUGCAUUUCAGGCCUACCCUUGGGCUACUGACAUGUAUAGUCAGCCGGGUCAGUAUACACAGGCGGUGUUUCGGCCACAGUUAUCGUCACAGGGUCAUGAGAGCCAGUACACUCAGCUCCUGCCCCAGCAGCACUACGUUCAGCUCCAAGGAGCGCCGCAGCUGCCCAGCCUGCCUAAACCCACCCCUGACCCCCUACUGCCCAGUGUCAAGGUGGAGUCUGAGGACAUGGGCCACAGUCAGCCAAUCAGAGUCAGCGAGGCGGAGCCUACCUUUCAUUGCGAUUUUUCACCAAUCAACUUUUAACAACAGCAGGGUACCGACUGAGAAGAUCCACAGGCAAUAUUUUCAUUUCUUUAUAUGUUUGUCUUCUGUUUUUGCUGUGGUGUGCAGGAGCCAUUAAAAUGCUCUUUCUCUGAAGUUUUGCUGUGUUGGUU